UUCCCUCUAGUCACCCCCUUUGAUUUGCUAUAAUUUCCCCUUUGCCUCCACAUAUUUGAUUCUUAUAAUAUUAUAAACCAACAUAAUAGUUUUAUACGUGUGUAUAUAUAUAUAUAUAUAAAAUAACUUAUUCCUAUACGAAAAAUCUCACCCUCAACGUUUUCAGAAUCAACUGACUUCUUCUGUACAACUAAUGGGCCUCUGAGAUCCCAAUCGUAAAACCCGAGCCCAAUGAGACCACUAUUGGCAGCUAGGGUAUCGCAUUUUAAUCCUAUAAAAAGAAACCCUAAGGCGUUUCUUCCUCUCUGCUGCUAGAACAUAAGGAAUCAUAUCAUUUUCUCUUACUCAGAAGCAGCUCAUAUAUUCAGCCGCAAUGGUGAAGUACUCAAAAGAGCCUGAAAACCCCACCAAGUCCUGCAAGUCAAGGGGCUCCGAUCUUAGGGUUCAUUUUAAGAACACAAGAGAAACAGCACAUGCCAUAAGGAAGCUACCAUUGGUAAAGGCUAAGAGGUAUUUGGAGGAUGUUACUGCCCAUAAACAGGCCAUACCCUUCACUCGAUUCUGUGGUGGUGUUGGACGUACUGCUCAGGCUAAGAACAGGCAUCCAAAUGGCCAAGGGCGCUGGCCAGUGAAAUCGGCAAAGUUCAUUUUAGACUUGCUUAAGAAUGCAGAAAGCAAUGCUGAAUUGAAAGGUUUGGACGUCGAUGCACUCUACAUUUCUCACAUCCAGGUGAACCAAGCCCAAAAGCAAAGGCGUCGUACAUACCGAGCUCAUGGAAGAAUUAAUCCUUACAUGUCCUUCCCUUGUCACAUUGAAUUGACCCUGUCUGAAAAAGAAGAGCCAGUAAAGAAGGAGCCCGAAAGCCAAUUGGCAACAAGCAAAUCCAAAAAGUAAUAGUCUUGAGUUUUAGCAAGUCGACUGGCGAUAAAUCUCUUCUGUGGUCUUCUGGAGUUUUGUGAAAGUGACUGAGCUGUUAUUUAGUUGGAUCGGACGGCAUAUUUUCUUUAUUUAAAUUUGUGUUAAUUUAAUGUUCUGUUAGAAUUUUUGUGGAUUCAUUUGAAGCUUAUAAGAGUUGAAGAUUUUUAUAAGCUGUUAAAACAGUAGCCACUAAAAUCUUAUAAUUGGUAAACGUAGCUUUCACUGAGAGCUAUUGGUGUUA